AUGGCCUCGAGCUCGACCCAGCCGAACACGACGCUCUACAUAAAUAACCUGAACGAUCAGGUACAAAAGGAUGAGCUGAGGCAGCAGCUCUACGCUCUUUUCACCACAUACGGCAAACUCAUCGAUGUCGUCGCGCUCAAGACGCCCAAGAUGAGAGGACAGGCCUUCCUCGUAUUUACCGACCUUGCCGCCGCGACAUCGGCUCUCCGCGCGUGCGAUGGUAUGCUUUUCUACGAUAAACCUAUGCGUAUCCAAUACGCGAAGAGCAAGUCACAUGCGACGCUCAAGCGCGAGGACCCAGAGUUCAUUCCACCGACUGCACCUGCCGCCGCAAACAGGUCCAAACGGGACAGGGAGGAAGAUGGGGACGGAGGUGCGGCCAGGGCCAAGAGGGAGAAGCCCGAUGAGGAUGACGAUGAGGGAGAGGAAAUGGAAUUAGAUGACGAUGACGACGAGGCGCCUACCGCACCUAUUCCAGAGAAGAAGAAAAAGGAGAAACCAGUGAAGGAGAAGCCCUCGCAUCGACUACUCUGCUCCAAUUUACCGCUCGAGGCGACAGACCCUGCCGUCUCCUCUAUGUUCCAAUCAUACCGCGGUUUCUUGUCUGCCGCCGUCGCGCUUGCGCCAGAGCCAAAUGCUCAAGGGCAAAAGGUAAAGAUGGCGCAGGUCAUGUUCGACUCGUCAGAAGCCGCGGCCACAGCAAAACAGGCCCUGGACGGGUAUACGCUCAGGCCAGGGUGGAAUAUGUCUGUCAAGUUCAUCAAUUGA